AAAAAAAAACAUGUUUUUUUUUCAUAUCUUUUUUACAAGUGUACAAAAAAAAAUAUUAAUAAAUAAUUUAAAAUAAUGGCAGGUUUAAGAACCAUUAUUGCAUUGGCCUUUGUUUUAGCCAUUGGUUUUCUUCUCGUAAUUUUAUCUUGUGCACUUUAUUACAACUGGUGGCCCUUGUUAGUCGUUGCUACAUACAUAUUAGCUCCAUUACCCAAUGCCUUGUGUGGAAGGUGUGCAGGAGAAGAUGAUCUCAUGUCCGACUACAAUGGUGGUGCACUUGAUGCAGGACAUUUUAUUACUGGCAUGUUUAUCGUUACCGGAUUUUUUCCAGCCAUGAUUAUGAGUAUUUCAGGUGGUAUUUUAGUUUAUGGAACAAUUAUUGCAUACACCCAUUUUUUCGCUCAUCAAGGUGACGAUUUCUGAUAUUCCCCCCCCCCCUCUCUCUCGCACACAAACGAAUCUAAAUUAAAAUAAAUACACUCUAUAAAAAAAAAGAGAGAAGAAUAAAAAGAGG